AUGGCAGACACCGACAACGCCGACCUCUUCGCCAUUCCCGACUUCUGGAAGCUCUCGUCAUGGCAGCAACAACCACCGCCACUAGCUGCGGAGGAGAGACAAAAUGGCUUCUUCAGCCUCGAUGUGAACGGCGACGGGGGGAUCACCUUCUUCCUCGGUACGGACGAGCCAGAGCUGCCGCCAUGCAACGAUGACGACGGUGGCCUCUUCAAGAUCCCACAUCUACUAAACCAGCUCCUGCCGAGUGUUCCAGAACAGACACUUGAUAAGCAGGACACAAGCUCGGUUACAGAACCCAUUGCAACGCCCUCGUCUAUUGUCGACGACUUCUGGCUUCUACCUGACGACAGCGUUCGGCCACCUCCGCCGGCUGAAUUCAAAUCGUGGGCAUCGUUUGAGCAUGUUGAUGUCCCCAUCCAAGCUCCGAUAUUCGCGACAGAACAAGGUCCUAGGUUUGUCGACGCAAUUGUUGCUGAACACAGCGACUUCAUACGCCCUGCGUCAUCGUCCGAGACAAAUGCUGGCGAGGACGAACAGGACCCGGCGAUGCUGGACACGCGCGAAUACUGCGCUUGCCUUCUUGCAUUAGCCUUAGGACGAAGUUCGAUCUUGUUCUCGUGGGACGAUGGGAAACGGGCGUUCCUUCCCAUGGUCAAUUCCGCGAGAAUCUCAGGAUUCUCUGCACAAGUACUGCGAAGCGCUGAGAGGGACUGCCUCGAAUGCGGAAACGACAGCCGUUAUCUGAGAGCCUUUGUCGACCACACGUAUACAGCCGCGGCUUCAACAAACUCUCCUUCAAGAGUGGCCCUCGCACGAGGCGUGGACAGCCUCCUCCUCACCAUCCAAAGCGAGCUUGGCACCCGUGGCCAGAGGGCACACUCACUGCUCCAGUUGCAGGCGCUUGUGCGGCCCGUUGCCUCUCUCGUCAAAUUCAUACGCGGGCUCGUGACAAAGCUCUCACGCGCAACAACUUCUUCAAGAACCACUGACGAGCAUUUUUUGACGAUGCUGUACCAAGAGACACAGUCCAUGGAGUACAGCGUUGUCUUUAUGCGUGAUAUCAUCAAGCAGUUGCUUCAGCUCGUCUCGGAACCUUGGCUACUCUUCGUGAGCGAAUGGAUUGGGUUGAGUCCCAGAAGCAAGGCUACACUUUGGACGGGCGAGUUUCAAAGCAAAGGAUUCGUUCGCCUAGACGACCGGGUCUGGAUCGACGACAUGGGUGCGGAGUUGGCCGAAUCCGACUACUUCUUUGACGAGGAACGGAUGCCGGCUUUCAUUCCAGCGGAAAUGGCCAAGAACAUCUUUGAAACAGGUCGCAAUCUACGAUUUCUGUGGACAAAUCAUCCCGAACAUCCUUUGUCCAAUCCCUCUACGGUUCUGAUUGCUCGUCCUCCAGCACUCAGGUGGCAAUUUGAUUGGGAUUCCAUCCACGCACUGGAUCGCAAGGCUCUUGCAUAUGAGAGAAAUUUGUUGCAGUCUCUUGCUGCAAGUCGAUAUGCUUCAGUGCAGCUUGUUCUACCAACACACCACCAUCCAGGUACGGUUGGUGUCACACCAAGUGGAACGGAAAUCAACUGGCGUUUUCCUACGGUUGAAUUUCAGUUCUUUGGGAAGAGUGAAGACCAGAUUGAGCAGAGUCUGAAAGCAUCCAUAAGACAACUCGGCGAACCUCUCCCAAACCCAUCAGAGGACGGCCUCGCCGCCGUUCUCCGUCGUCAGCUAUUCGAAGAUGGCCAAGAUUGCGCAGCCGACAUGGCAGCUUUAGAUGAGUCUGCACCGCAUUGGUCUCUUCUACCACUACUUUCAUUUGGGCCAGCUAUAGCUGCACAGUCUCGCCAUAUCAACCGCGAGUGCAUGCGGCUGCUAUUUGGCGUACACGGUGUCCGAAAACACAUCGAACUUCAGCGCGAAUUUCAACUCCUUGGCAAUGGCAUGUUUUGCAGCAGGCUGUCGCAUGCUCUUUUCGACCCGGAUCAGGCCGGUGCCGAGCGAAGCACCGGUAUUGAGCUGUCGAGCGGCGGACUUGGAUUGCGGCUGUCGAGCCGCAACGGCGAGAACUGGCCGCCUGCAAGCUCUGAACUUCGACUGGCUCUGAUGGGCGUCCUUGCCGAGAGCUACUACCAGGGCAGGAAGAGUGAAAGCAAUGAGAUUCCAGCGAGUGCUGGCGCAGGCGGCAAGCAUGAAUUGCCUGGCGGGAUGAGCUUCGCGGUACGUGAUCUCUCCGUCGAGGAGAUGGACCGGUGCAUGGAUCCAGACUCUCUCGAAGCACUGGAUUUCCUCCGACUGUCGUACAAGCCACCUUCAGCGCUCUUGUCUAUCAUCACACCAGAUAUUCUAGCAAAGUACGACCGCGUGUUUCUACUCCUCCUACGCGUGCUGCGCAUGUAUUACUUGGUCAACCAGCUAUUCGAGGACGACUUACAAUCGCGGGUGCGCAACAGAGCGCCUCGACCGGGCCCUAGCCGAAACAAGAGCUAUUUUGGCCAUGAGGAGAAUGUGUGCAUGCGCUUUCGGAUCGAAAGCCGGCAAUUUGUGGCCAACAUCAUGGCCUAUUUCUUGACCACGGGCGUUGAUACGCCAUGGAAGCGGUUCGAAGCAUGGCUCGACGAUGUGCAGCAAGGCCUAGCGGAACCGGAGCAGGAGCAGGGAACAACAACUGCAACCAACUCUGCACAAGCAGACCAAGCAAGCCCCGACAAGCUGCGCGAGCGUCACGAACAAGCACUGGAUGAGAUCAUGCUCGCAUUGCUGCUCCGCAAACGGCAGCAGCCACUGCUCUUCCUGCUACAGGGCAUCUUUGGCCUGAUUCUCGAGUUUGCCAAAGGCUCACGCGAGCUAUCUCGAGCCGAAGGUACGGGCAUUGGAGGACACAAGAGCAGUGAAGAUGCCGCGCUCGGAGCGCUGCUCACGGCGCACCAGGUCAAGGCCAAGAAGCUCUAUGCGUCGUUCCGCAAAAAGGUGGCUGCGUUCCUUGCGGUGUGCCGGGGCCUAAGUGAGAAGGAGGCGGACAGCGUGGCGCGCAAGGACUACCAGCAGCAGCAAGAGUACCAGGACGGAUCGAGGGCGGGCGAGGGCAGUUCGCUGUCCAAGCUGUUGCUGAUGCUGGACUAUAACGGGUCGUAUUCGUCGUCGCGGACGCAGUGGUAA